UUUUUUUUUUAAAAAAAAAUUACUUUCUUUCUUCCAUUUUAUUAUACCCUAAUUAAAAAAAAAAGAAAGGCAAAAUAUGGCUACCAAGAAUUCAAAGCUGGAAAGGCACCUCAUGGAGACCAUGUUUGAACAGUCCUUAUUUUCUGACCUAUCACUGGUAUUCUUACACCCUUCAUUUCCUUUUUCCAUGCGAUACAAUGUACAUAAAUCCAUCAUGAGUCAGUCCCCCUUUUUAUUGAAAUUACUCGAAAACAUGACGUCCAUUCCUUCUACACCACACCUUACAAAAACCGACGAAAGCAGCACGGGUAUCACCAGUUUGACCAUCGAUCUUUCCAAAGCCUUGACCCAUUGUGGUUUUAUCCUAGCCCCCUUUCAACACAUUGUUCGUCGUAAAUGGCAAAAGGUCUCCAAUGCACCACCACAGACACAACCGAACCACAGUAACCCUCUCCUAUCCUCGCAUAUCCGUUUUGUGCUUCAAUGGAUGUACUGUUCGAACAAACCAGAAUUCGUGAAAUCCAUGGCAGACGCCGAUACAUUGCGUAUUUUAUCAGUGGCAGUACUGCUGGAUAUCCAUGAUCUCACACAAGCUUGCGUUCAUCGCUACACCAAACAUCAGCUUUCCUUGCACAGCAUCAUGCGUGACUUGGAAACCAUCUGUCAGUUACCACGCGGUCACCCUGCCUAUCUCCAAUUACGCGACGCGGCACUCCUUUUAUUACUUCGUUACGGACCCGAACACGCUAUGCGUCUUGCCAUGCUUCCUGUGGAUUACAUGGCGGACGUUCUUGCUGCUGAUCCGCUCUUUGUGUCCUGUGAAUUUGAACGUUACUGUCUUUUGAAAGCCGUGUUGAUGGCCUUUAUGAAAUCUGUUGGAAAAAUUACCUGGACUGCCAAGGGUCCUUUGGACCAAGAUGCUAAACGACUUUCUGGGUUUGUACGACCCAUCGGUCACCGACCUGACCUUUCUGCUACCACUGUACGCUCUCGUAAACGAAAACGUAUUCCAUCACAAGAGUUUGGUCAACCUGAAUUAACGACACGUCUAUUGCAUCGUCUCAGUUUUACGGCGUUGGUACCCUUUGAGAAACUGGUUGCGGAUGCUUCUUCGGGUGGUGUCAUUGAUAAAGCCACGGUGCUCUCGUACCUCCUUCGCACCACGGUGAACUAUAGUAACAUGACGUUUGAUCAACUAUCCCAUGUACGUCAAGACGGUAUUGUGGACGAAGGGAUUGUGUUUCGUGCUUUAUGGCAACGUGAAGCCCUUGAGCGCGUCCUGUUUCCGUUGACCUACCAUCACCAGACGCAAGAACACGAAGAACGUCAGGACCGUACACCUACACCCAUCGAUGUACAACAUGAUCAGGAUCGGAUUGCUGCACUUGACGAAUACUUUGAUGUGGAGGAUUCUGACGCACAGGAAAACCGAAGACGAUUACUUUUAGGUGUACCGCGUUUCCGUUUUCGAGCCUCGGUGUUUGUGUCACCUCCCUCAGUGGAAAAUGGCUGGACCGCUGAAGAAAUGGGUACGACGACGACGACUGAAUUAAGUGCGGUGUUUGAUGAUGGAGAAAGUGAUGGUUCGUUAUGGUCUGCUGCUGAACAUGUAGCUGAAUUAGGUGUAGCGAAUAAGGCGUCAUCCGGAAGACGAUCCAGUCAUACGACUGUGACCACUACGAAACCAUACACAUUGUAUCAAAAGACGUUUUAUUCAAAUCCAGAAACUAUCCUUGGGAUAUCCUAUCGUCUUCAAAUCGAAGCCCAAGUCAUGCCACGCCAUCGUUUUAUGAUCCAGGAUGAACCACAGGAUGAGGAGGAAGGGGAAGGGGAUGAAUUGUAUGUAGAUAAUGACGCGGAUGAAAAUAUCAUGGUAUGUCGAUUCGAAUUACAACGUGAUAGACGACAAAUUUCAGUCCCUGUGCAUCCAAUUAAAAAGGAAGGAGCCAAGAAACCUACCGAUGACCCAACAAUCACGAUGGAGGAUACACAGACGGUAGAUCAAAGCGAAGGUAUUCGGGAAAAGACCAAGAUUCAUUAUUGGAUUCAUUGUCUUAAUCGACACGAGGGUAUCCUGGAAAGCGAUCGUAUUGACCCUGAAGAUCGUGUUUUGGUGGCUGUGACGGAGCAACGUGAGCGAGAGAAUGGAAGUCCUGGUGAAAUGGAACCAGGUUAUGUUGGCCAGGUAUUGGUGGAAGCUGAUCUUUCCAAGGGUGUGACUGUAGAUGCUACUGUUGCACUUGAGAUAUUUGGUUUUCAAAAGGUUUAAAUCACUCCGAUUUAUAGUUCCCCCCCCCACAUACACACGUACACACAAUAAUAUAAAAUGCAAUAAUAAUAAACCCUCCCCCCCCCCAAUUUUGGUGUUUGCCUUUGCGGAGAUCCCCCACAUUGAGUUCUUUCACCCAAUAAGGUUUAGU